AAUGGGAUAGCUUGGGAAAGUUAUUGUAUUAAGCUUCAGGGUAAGGGUUAGCUCAUUGUGAGAAAGAUUAAAAUACACUUACUUAGUAAGUAAACUAAAUUACGUAGUUAUGUUUUAUCGUUAUUCGUUAAUUGUGAAAAAAUACGUAAAAACAGGUUUUCUUAGCUUUCGUAGUUGGGAAAGAAAAAUGAAUAGGCAAUCUUCAGCACAGAGUAGGAUAGAUUACCACUACUAGUACUACUACUACUAGGCCUAUUACUGCAAUUUUACUGAGAUGGAACUGUUGAGAGUCUGAUGGCAGGAGAGUACGUGUUAGAACAAUGACCAAGUCAAGUGUGCAUGUAGUGUGUUUCGAGACAUUCCUGGGGGUUAGUAGCUUGAACUGAGAUUUAUCUACUUGGAUGUAUGUUGAGAGAGAGAGAGAAAUAAGUCGACAAAAUGAGAGUAUGUGCGGCAGGCUCUUGUAAGAGUAAUUCUGAAUUAAAUACGGGAUUAGCAUUUUAUCCUUUACCUAAAGAUGAAUUUGUAAGAGAUCAGUGGAUUGAUUUACUAGGCAUAGAUGAUUCCACAAUAUCUGACCAGACAAGGGUAUGUUCCUUGCAUUUUAAGCCAAAAGAUUAUGCAACCUUUAAAAGGAACUUAAAAGCUGGCUCACUGCCAUCCUUAUAUCUCUCCAAAGAAAAUUCUGUUCCUCUUGUAGAAGUUUCUGAUAGCGGUAGUGAACAUGGUGAUUGUGAAGAAGUCAGAGCAGAAAGUACUCCUGUCAAGGAUAGUUUGGAUGACGAUAGCACACAAGUUAAUGCUGAAACAACAAAGGAAGAAAAGAAACCCGUAAGAAGAGCAUCUCGAAAAGCGGCUCUUCUUGCUGCUGAAAAGAUCCAACGUACUGUACGGGAGUAUGGACUGUUGGAAGGGGUGAGAAGUGAAACCCCAGAACCAGAACUUAGGAGGGAUUCUUCAAUUUCAGCCAAGCUAAAUCUUUCCAAAGAACUGAAAGCAGAACUACUGAAGAAAAAAGCCCCAAACCUAGCACCUACAACUUCACCUUGUAAAAAUAUCACUGUAUCUAAUCAAAUAGGAUAUUCUUACACCAACCAAAAUGCCCUCUACAUGGAAUGUUUUGAAGAAGUACUUUCACCAGUACAGGCUGCAGCUUAUCGACAAGCACAGCAAGAAUAUGAUAAAGUCAUGAAAUACAUCCUGUCUCGAAGAUCCUGCAAGAACGAGAAAGUAAGAAUAAUAUAUACUUCCCACGAAGGUGAGGUACUUAAUACUGUUGGGCCAAUAGAAGAUAGCAAUAGUAGAAUUCAAGCCAGUUUAUCAGGUACAAGGAAAAACUUUGAAAAUAAUAUUAUUUCAAAACCUCUGACUGUCGAAGGAAGACCAGUCCAGUUGACAUCUAAUCUUGAGCAAUCUGCAGUAACACGAGCUGUGGUUUUGACGGGGAAAUCUGGUACUGUGGUACAGAAUCACAAGAUCUUACAGACCACAAAACCAUCAUCAGUUCAAACUACCAGUGGGGAAAACAGUGUACCUGAACUACUGGUUGAUACCAGCACAGGAACAGCAAUGAAGUCUGUAAUGAAGGAUACAACGAAGUUACAGUCAAUGACAGUACAAAAUAAAACUACAGGAGAGAUUCCGAAAAAUUUGACACUGAAACAACACAAUGAAAGUGGUAAGAUAGGGAAGUCGCCUCAUUUACAUACAACUUUAAUCCAAGGUUCCAGUAAAACUGUUUCUGCUCAUUCCUUGAUGGACAUCAAACCCAAACCUUUGACUCAAGUUAGCUCUGAAGAAAUUGAAGAAAGCAUUGAUAAACUAAAAAAGAAAUUGCUGGAAGAGAAAUGUUUCCAAGAACCAGCAUUUUGGUUAGUUACUAUGAAAAUGUUGCCUGAAAAUCCUCUAUGUUUAGUUUGCACAAAAAGCACAUCAGAUCUUGUACCAGAUUCCACUAGUAUAGAUGGCUAUGUUUGGAAAUGUGGCUAUGAAAGAUGCGGAAAAAAAUCCCAGAUAAUUCGACCAAAUUUCUUUGGACGAUUCGGCAUUCCUUUGUCAAAGCUUUUGCAGUUGACUUAUCACUGGUCUGUUCAAUCUGAUCUGAAUGACACUUUGGGUGAAGUAAAUGUAGAUGUGUAUAUGGCGAGGUCGGUAUGGAGAGCACUCCAGGAGGUUUGUGCUAGGGCUCUUGUACUCAAGUCAAAAAAACUCGGCGGGCCUGGCACCAUGGUUGAAGUUUCUUUUGCAUACAUGGGUAGGUUUAGUAUACUUGGAGCUUAUGAUAGAGAAAGUGGAAAAGUUCGAAUGAAAGCUAUUUCUUCAUCAAUGGGUUGGUCUGCAUCUGUCUACAUUAGAAGUUUGGAACCGUGGCUGUUACCCAACUCUGUGAUUGUGUCUUCAGAGGAGAGGAUGAAAGAAAUUACCAGGAGUGGCCAUACCUUUAUUUUAGCUCAUGCAGGGGCUUCAGAAGAAGAAGAAGAAGAACAUAAUGUUAACAAAGUUAAGAAUUACCUAUAUGUACAGCUUAGUGCUAUGUUUGGACAGUUCAUUGUCGCUCAGCUUAAACUUGAAACUGUUCAAGGAUAUUUGGAUGAAAUUCAGUGGAGAGAGAGAUUUGGUACCAACCCUUAUGAUACUUUUUCAAACAUUAUAACUGACAUCGGUGAGCAGAGUGGAAGGAAAAUCUCAACAGUUGGUCCUCAAAAGCAAAACCAACUCCCUGAAAAUGUGAUAACUAUGAUUGGGGAAAAAAAUGACUUGAAGUACCAAAGAGAAUACAAAGGACAGGUGAAACGUCCUGCUGAAAAUACAAUUCAGAAAACAACAACAACACCUCCAAAAAACCAAAGCCUGAUGAAGCUGUAUAUGUCAUUCUUUCUGAAUAUUACUAUGCAAAGAAAGAAGGAAAUAGUGAAGAAGUAGCAAAAGAAUCCAAAGAAAGUUUCCAGUUUAAGUGUCAUUUUUGCAAGAAGGUGUUAGACAACAACAUUAAAGUCAUGAAGCACAUAAAUUGUCACAUUGAGAACACACGACAGAAAAACCCAGACUUGAGUGACCUCACGCAGUGCAAGUACUGUUUCAGAGACUUUGAGACACCCUUCAGCAUGCAGUGUCACAUUGAAACGGUGCAUAUGAAGAUGGAUGCUUCAACUUGCCAUAUUUGUAAUCAGGCUUUUUCAUCCAGAUUUACUCUGUGUGCUCAUAUGAAAUCUGUGCAUGUAGAGUGUGAAAUGCCGUAUGUCUGUAAGGUUUGUAGCUUCAGGGCUUCAAUGCAUCAGCAAGUGCUAGAACAUUUCCAACAG